GCAAAUUGAGCUGUACGGGCUAACCAAUCAGAUUUGCUAAAUAUCGGACUGAAAUAUAAGACAAAAAAUUGAAAACGAAGGGACUAUAAAAGACGUUUAGUGUGGUGAUACAUCAUUCAGAUAGCAGGAAUACUACGGAAGAUGAAGGUUGUAAAAGUUUUGUCACUUUUGGUCGUUGUGUGUGGCGCCAGUGCCCAGCAGUAUCUGUCAGGCGGCCUCAUGUCCACACCUUACGUUAGCUUUGACGGGUUAGGGUCGUUAGCAGGAGGGUCUAGAUUUGGACAAGGGUGGAUGGGACUCGGAGACUUGUCUUCAAACAGUAUCAUGUCAGGAUUUGGACCUCCUCCAUCACUCAUCGGUGGAGGAUUCGGGCAGGGUAUGUUUGGCGGUUUUGGCGAGGCUUUUCCAAUGGUAUCCGGAGGAAUAGGGCAACUUGGUGGCUUUCAGGGGAUCAACACGAUUGGAGGAGCGAGUGGUGGUGUAACUGUUGUAGGGGGUAUGGAGGGAGGGAGGCUACCCUUUGGGUCUUUCAUAGGGCCUGAACCAGAGUUCCUCCAGGGUAACAACGACUUUGGCGGACCUGCCGGCGAUUCCGGAUUUUCCCGAGGAGAUAUCUCCUGGGGAAGUGAUGGAGUCGAUCCCGGAUUCUCUAGUGGUGGAUCUGGAUCUUGGGGAGGACCAACUAUGGGUUCUGGAUUUUCUAGUGGCGGGUCUGGAUCUUGGGGAGGACCAACUAUGGGUUCUGGAUUUUCUAGUGGCGGAUCUGGAUCUUGGGGAGGACCAACUAUGGGUUCUGGAUUCUCUAGUGGCGGGUCUGGAUCUUGGGGACAAAAUGUAGAUCCCGGAUUUUCCUUUGGGGCAUCUAAUUCUUGGUCAAGCGGCGUCGGAAUGAACUCUGGAUUUUCCGGUGGAUCCUCGAACUCGUGGUCACAAGGCUCCUCUUCAUCAUCACCAAUUUAUUGAUCAGCAUUGUUGGCGUUUGUUGAAUUGUUUCGUUUUUAAUAAAUUGUAAACAAUAACAACUAUUUAUCUGUCCAA